UACACAAAAUUCUAUAAAAAGCGGGAAAACCCCUUGGAUCACCAUUCCUGAACAUUUCUCGCAGUGUCAACAUCACAAAUUUAGAAGCCAUCAUGUCAGGACGUGGAAAAGGUGGAAAGGCCAAGUCAAAGGCUAAGAGCAGAUCAUCACGCGCUGGACUACAAUUUCCAGUUGGAAGGAUUCAUCGUUUAUUGAGGAAAGGAAAUUAUGCUGAGAGAGUUGGCGCUGGAGCGCCAGUUUAUCUGGCAGCUGUGUUAGAAUAUCUUGCCGCAGAAGUUCUCGAAUUGGCGGGCAAUGCCGCAAGAGACAAUAAGAAAUCGAGAAUAAUUCCACGACAUCUUCAGUUAGCUAUCCGAAAUGACGAAGAAUUGAAUAAGUUGUUGUCCGGUGUGACCAUUGCCCAGGGUGGUGUUCUUCCAAAUAUUCAGGCGGUCUUGUUGCCAAAGAAAAGUGGUGCACCAAAAGGAGGCAAGGCUUCAUCACAAAGUCAAGAAUACUAGGCACAUUCACAGGUUGGGGUAUUUGAAAGGGAAUAUCAGUCAUUCACUACAUCACAGAUUCUUAGUGACACCUCAUCAAUUCAUCAAUAUCAUUAAAUCAUUCAGUGAUGACAGCAGAUCCAUGUUGAUAAAGACAGCAUUUAAAUGUUGAUAUAACUUACAACUACGUGAUUUUAGCUAGUGUUGUUAACUUUUAUUUACUCAAAUGUUCACAUGUGUUUGUUCUUUAAAAUGUUUCUUCUUAGUUAAACUGCAUUAAUCAGGUUCUAAUUGACACUUGUUUUCUAUUCUUAUUUCUAUAUUCUUCUCUACUUUUUAAAUAAACAUAUGUGACAUGUUA